GGAGAAAAAAAAAAAGGGCUUCACCCACUCUGCCUCCUGCCUCUUCUCUCUGUCUUCCCCUGCUCUGUUCCUCCCUGCUUGGCUCCAGUGCGACCUCCUCUCUGGCCCAGGUAGAAACUGUGAAGAACGGCCAUUGCGGAGAAGUACCUCUCCACCUAAGCCUGUUCUACCCCGAUUGGGCUCCCCCUUGACGUUCUGUCUGCCUGAGGGAGGAAUUAUGAGCAAAGAAGGCAACUGCAGACAAAUGACAUCCAGAAGCUACAAGCUUUUCUAAAAAUCGUAUCUAUACACCAGCCAAGACAGAACAAUGGCUUUAUCGCUGGAAGAAUUUGUCCACUCCCUGGACCUAAGGACCCUCCCCAGGGUCCUCGAAAUCCAGUCAGGCAUCUACUUUGAAGGGUCUAUUUAUGAAAUGUUUGGCAACGAAUGCUGUUUGUCAACAGGAGAAGUGAUUAAAAUCACAGGUCUCAAAAUUAAGAAGAUCAUGGCUGAAAUUUGUGAGGAUAAUACUAGAGAUUCUGCAUCCCAGAAGCCCUUUGAAUUGCCCAUGAAUUUUCCAGGUCUAUUUAAGGUCAUGGCUGAUAAAACUCCAUACCUUACAAUGGAAGAAAUCACAAGAACCAUUCAAAUCGGACCCAGUAGACUGGGACAUCCUUGCUUUUAUCACCUGAAGGAUAUACAACUAGAGAAUCUCACCAUAAAGCAGGGUGAGCCAAUAAGGCUCAACUCAGUGGAAGAGAUUGAUGGAGAAAUACUGGUGAAUUGUGGUGUGGUAAGGAGUCAUCAGAGUCACUCAUUUACAUUGCCAUUGUCACAAGAAGGAGAAUUCUAUGAGUGUGAGGAUGAACAUAUUUAUACCCUAAAAGAAAUUGUUGAAUGGAAGAUUCCUAAGAACAGAACACGGACUGUGAAACUUACAAAUUUCUCAAAUAAGUGGGACUCACCCAAUCCAUUCCCUGAAGACUUUUAUGGGACUUUGAUUCUCAAGCCUGUUUAUGAAAUCCAAGGUGUGCUGAAAUUUCAAAAGGACAUAGUCCGGAUUCUCCCCAGUUUAGAUGUUGAAGUCAAAGAUAUUACUGACUCUUAUGAUGCUAACUGGUUUCUUCAGUUGCUGUCUACAGAAGAUCUUUUUGAAAUGACCAGCAAAGAGUUUCCUAUAGUAGCUGAAGUCAUCGAAGUGUCUCAAGGGAACCAACUGUCCCCAAGUAUCUUACAGCCUGGGAAAACCAUUGUGAUCCACAAAAAGUACCAGGCUUCGAGGAUCCUAGCUUCAGAAAUUCGAAGCAAUUUCCCUAAAAGACACUUCUUGAUCCCCAGUAGCUACAAAGGCAAGUUCAAAAGGAGACCCCGGGAGUUCCCAACGGCCUAUGACCUGCAGAUAUCUAAGACUGAGAAGGAAACUCUCCACGUGGUGGCCACCAAAGCCUUCCAUACACUUCACAAAGAGCUGUCCUCUGUGUCUGUUGGGGACCAGUUCCUAGUGCAUCAUUCAGAGACCACAGAAGUCGUCUUUGAGGGAACAAGAACAGUGAAUGUUCUGGCCUGUGAAAAAAUCCUCAAUAAGUCCUAUGAGGCAGCACGGCUUCCUCUGUACAUGGAAGGAGGUUUUGUAGAGGUGAUUCAUGAUAAGAAACAGUACCAACUUUCAGAGCUCUGUACACAGUUCCGCUGGCCCUUCAAUGUGAAGGUCUCUGUGAGAGAUCUCUUCAUUAAAGAUGACAUUUUGGCAGCUACUCCAGGGCUGCAGUUGGAGGAGGAUAUUACAGACUCUUACCUACUUGUCAGUGACUUUGCCAACCCCGGGGAAUGUUGGGAAAUUCCUAUGGGCCGAUUGAAUAUGACGGUUCAGUUAGUUAGUAGUAGUAAUUUGUCUAUGGAUACAGGACCAAUUGAAGUUAGGACUCUGGUAGAAGAGAUCACUGAAGAACAAUAUUACAUGAUGAGGAGGUAUGAAAGUUCUCUCUCACAUCCCCCACCUCGCCCUCCCAAGCAUCCCUCAGCGGAGGAAAUGAAGUUAACCCUGCUCAGUUUAGCAGAAGAAAGAACAGGAGAUCUACCCAAGUCUCCCAAGAGUCACCAUGCAGACAGAGCCAAGAAACUUCACCCCGAUCAAGGUGGCCCACACUCAAGAAUACCGGUUGGUUUUCGGAAUGAUUUGCCCGAUGUGGAGAGGCAGAAGAGCAAGCAUGAGCCACUGCAGUAGCAAGCACCAA